UUGUGGAUACUAACCAAACAAACAGACAUGAUUGUGAUAGUCGGAUUGGUGUUGCUUCUCGCAACUUUGUACCUGUAUGGUACCCGUAAUCACGAUUACUGGGCGCGGAAGGGUGUGAAACAUGACAAACCAGUGCCGCUGUUCGGCACAGACGCCCAGCGCUACUUGCUGAAGAAGAGUGUCACCCAGAUGGCCGUCGACACCUACUGGAAGUACCCCAAGGAGCGUUUCGUGGGCUACUACCGCGGCAGCAUCCCCGAGCUCGUGGUCAGGGACCCUGACCUCAUCAAACAGAUCAUCGUUACUGACUUUUCAUCGUUUUACUCGAGGGGACUUUCUCCUGAUCAUGGGGUAAUCGAACCUUUAUUAAAAAAUCUGUUCUUUUCUGAUGGCGACUUAUGGCGAUUGUUAAGACAGCGCAUGACACCAGCUUUUAGCAGUGGAAAGCUGAAGUCUAUGUUCCCUCUCAUAAUCGACUGCGCUGACAGACUCCAAAAGCGAGCUCUCUCUGCCUCCACCAAUGGAGACAUUAUAGACGCUCGUGACUUGAUGGCUCGGUAUACCACUGAUUUUAUCGGAGCAUGUGGAUUCGGCCUUAAUGUCGAUUCCCUUAGUGAUGAAGACUCUAAGUUCCGAAAACUUGGAAAUACAAUCUUUAAGAUGACACCGAGUCGCGCUAUCACAACAAUAUUCAAAACUCUAUUCCCAGAUCUUUUCAAAAACGUCAAAUUCCUUGGUCAAGAAUUAGAAGACAAUAUUGUAGCAGUAGUCAACAUGAUACAAAAGCAAAGAGAUUAUAAACCAUGCGGACGCAACGACUUCAUUGAUAUGAUGAUGGAACUGAAAGAGAAGGGUAAGAUAGUAGUAGAAUCCAUGGAGCAGGUUCAAGCGGAUGGCAGUCCUGCGGUCGCCGAGUUAGAGAUGGACGACAUCCUCCUCGCUGCACAAGCCUUCAUCUUCUUCGCGGCCGGCUUCGAGACAUCAUCAUCUGCUACUAGUUUCACUUUACAUCAAUUGGCAUACAAUCCAUCCGUGCAGAAAAAAGUCCAAGAAGAUAUUGACAGAGUCCUUGCAAAAUACGAUAACAAGCUCAGUUACGAAGCAAUCAAAGAAAUGACCUAUUUGCAAUGGACUUUCCAAGAAGGAAUGAGGAUUUUCCCCUCUUCUGGGUUGUUGAUGCGCAAAUGUACUCAGACGUAUACUAUCCCAGGCACUGAUGUGACCAUCGACAAAGGUGUCAAAGUCACUAUUCCUAUCCAAGCGAUUCAUAACGACCCGGAAUACUUCGACAAUCCGUCGGAAUUUAGGCCGGAGCGGUUCUCGCCGGAAGAAGUCGCCAAGAGGCACAAGUUUGUGUACUUGCCGUUUGGUGAUGGGCCUCGCUCUUGUAUCGGUGGUCGCCUGGGCCAUAUGCAGUCAGUGGCGGGGCUGGCAGCGCUGCUCGCGCAGGUCAGCGUAUCGCCGGCCGCCACCAGCAAGCGCGAGCUGCAGCAAGACCCCACCUCCAACAUCGUGCAGAACAUUGUCGGUGGCAUUCCGCUGCACUUCACGCAGAGACCGUUCUAAACCUUGAAGUUGUUAUUGUUGCAACGUAUAUGUACACAUAUUUCGGCAUAAUUUCUUUGCCAUAAUUUCAAUUUCGUGUAUUUAAUGAUUGUAUAUUAACUGUUAUGGUAAUCUCAAUCGGCUUAAGUAUUUAUUGAAUAAAUUAAUUACAAUGAUUUAA